GAUCAUCGGGAUCGGCAAAAUGUGCGGCCCCUGCUGCCGGAGGGCCUCAAGGGCAGCCUAGUUCAGAAGGUAUGCUUUCGUGCAAUUUGAUUUCUAAUUAUUUGCUUUACUUAUUCAAUCUAAUUUAGACUUGUUUUCUAUCAUAAUUUAUGAGGGCGUCGUUAAUUUUUUCGGAAAUCGUAGGCCAACAAGAAUGUAAGGCAAUGAAAAUUCCCCUGGUUAGCUCACCAAAUAUCUGGCUGAACGUCACUUUCCACGGUGGCUAGAAUGAAAAUUGCACCAUAGUCCUCCGAAUAACGUCCCCUUUCAAAUACGUGAAACAUGACCAUGGCAGAGUUGUUGGUACUAUGACUUUUCUGAUAAACAAACCAUAUUGCCUUCGGUCCAAAUAAAAGCCAUUGAAUCAUUCUUUGUAUGAGGAACUUUAGGAGCUGUCAUGACUUCUGGGGAGCAUUAUUUGCUCUUCUACAUAAUAUCUUUACUUGUUUAAAUGCUUCUCACACAAAAUUCAUGUAGAUCGACGUUUUUGGUAAUGCAUCUAGGAGGUACUUUAAGGCGAGGCAGCCUUUGCACAUUCUGUUCUAUAUUCUUCCUCUUCUGUAGAGGCACAAUGAAUUAGUUGUGUAUCAUGAUUUCGCACUUUCUCGGAGCAUGUGAAUCUGCUGGCUGAGACAGGAUUGAAAAUUACUAGUUUCCUAAUCGAUGAGUCUGCUUAGGGCAUCUUACCUGAGCGGACAAUUUUCUAUGGCACCAGCGCAAAAGGAACUUUUGGUGUUUUCAGUACCAGCUUUGGCCAUUUACCUUCAUAUGGCCAAGUUGAAAAUGCCAAGACUGAUGUCAUCAUCAGUGAAAUGUGAAAUUGACCUUAUCUUUCGUUGUGAAGAUACUUGAAUAUUUUACCGGUGAUCCAGUGUGAUCUGGCGGUGGAAAAAAAGCAAGCUUAACUAAUCAAACUUUCUGGAAGGCCGAUGCUUCACAAAGUCCAAAGGGAGCUUUCGAUGGACUGAAUAGCACCAAGAACCAAUAGCUUCAAAGCCUGCCCAGUCCCGUUCUGCUAAAUUUCUCAUGUGGAAGUCCUUCACUUUGAAUGCUAUGAAUUAAGUCAUUGUGGAGAAGCCAUUGCUGGAAUGUACUGGUUGGUUCUCAGCAUAUACCACAGCUAAGCGAAUCCUGUGAAACUCUCAUUGUUGUGCAGAAAACAAAGGCGCUUCAGAUCAUCGACCUCCUACCUUUAUUUAGACUCUGAAGGUCUUGCAUAUGUUCAAGCACCAAAGCGUUACUUUGCGCGCAUAAAUUAACUAGUCAGUGCACAAUCUAACUUUAUCCACUAAUAUUCCUUUUCAGCUUUCUGACCCAACGCAGUGGCAGGAUAUGUAGAGUAAGUAUCAUCUAGUCCCAUCCCUUCAAUAGCUUACUUGCUUAUAACCAGUGUCAGGUUUGCAUCAAGAGUUUCAACCCAUCAUUUGUUCCAUGAAUGAUGCCAACCAUAAUGUUGCUUACUGUUAUAGUGAAUCCCACUCAUGUUGCUAGUAAGCAAAUUACUUGGACACCCUUGAGUUUUGGCCAAAUUAUCCCAACACUCCAAAUAAGAUCACUAGCUGUUAUACAUUUUGGACUUGCAUCACGUACUGUUAAGUUGUUUCUCUCUAAACUUGCUUCUUUCUGAACAUGCUACGUUCUAAACUUGCUUCAUUUUGGACAUGUCACAUUUUUUACUCUUUCAAGUAUAAUCUUUGACAAUAUCAUUUCCAUGUUUUAUCAUCUACAUAGUCUUUUACUCAAUCAUUUAAACACAUUAAUAGCUUUUGAUUUAUUUUGUUAUCUUAAAAAUAUUAUAAGGGAUUUCCCUAAAUAUACUAUCAAGAAAUUUGAUUCACCAUUCAGUAGUCCAUCUCUGUUGCCAUUGCCUCUUAUUUCACUAAAUUGAAAGUUUGAUACAUGUGUAAGACAUAAUUAAGUUUUUUAUUGAAGCACAAAAAGAGUUUCACCAAACUUCUCGGAUAUAAUUUGCAUCAGAUUCCUAUAACUGUAAUCAACCCUAGAAAUAAUAGAUUUGCCUUUCCAGGAUUCAACAGGCGGAAUAAAUUUUUCACAGGUGGAGCUCUUGCUAUUGGCGUCUCAAUAUCUACAAUUGCCAUCAUUUUUCUCCUCAAGCGAAAAAACGAAAUCUCCUUAUGGAAGAUUCUACUCUUCAAGAACAAGGAAGAUCGCGGUGUUGAGAAAUUGAUGAGAAUCCAUGGAUCUCUUGUUCCAAAAAGAUACCGUUAUAUUGAUGUGAAGAAAAUGACAAACUCAUUUUCGAAGAAACUUGGUCAAGGAGGAUUUGGUGUGGUGUAUAAAGGGAAGAUCAAAGAUGGUAGUCUUGCAGCAGUGAAAAUCCUAAUAGACUCAAAAAGCAGCUCAGAAGAAUUUAUCAAUGAAGUCGUGAGCAUUAGUAGAACUUCUCACAUUAAUGUGAUCUCUCUUUUAGGCUUUUGUUAUGAAGGGAACAAACGAGCUCUAAUAUUCGAGUAUAUGCCUAAUGGUUCAUUGGAUAUGUUCAUAUCUUCUGGAAAAACUUUAAACAUGAGUAGUUCCUUAGGAUGGAAGGUUCUGUAUAAAAUUGCAAUUGGCAUUGCUUGUGGGCUAGAGUAUCUGCACCGAGGCUGCAAUACAAGAAUUUUGCAUUUUGAUAUAAAACCUUAGAACAUCUUACUCGAUCAAGAUUUUAUCCCCAAGAUUUCAGAUUUCGGCCUUGCUAAAAUUUGUCAUGGGAAAGAUAGUGCUAUAUCAACUCUGGGCAUGAGAGGAACAGUCGGGUUUAUUGCACCAGAACUUCUUUUUCGAAGUUUGGGAAGAAUCUCUCAUAAGUCCGAUGUUUACAGUUACGAAAUGUUGGUUCUUGAAAUGGUAGGUUUUAGAAAUUCUGACAUCAAAGUUUCCAAUAGCAGUGAUAUGUACUUUCCAGAAUUGAUUUAUAGAAACUUAGAGCCCGGCAAAGAUCUGAAAUUGCAGAUGAAUGUGACAGAGGAGGAGGAAGUGCUAGUGAGGAAGAUGAUUAUUGUGAGUUUGUGGUGCAUUCAAACCAAUCCAUCUGAUCGGCCUCCAAUUAUGAAGGUGAUAGAAAUGUUGGAAGGAAGCUUUGAAUCACUGCAAAUGCCACCAAAGCCCAUCUUGUAUUCUCCAACACGACCACCAUCGCAACAUUGGGAAGUGAUGACGUCAAAUUUCAAUGGGAGCCUCGAGGAGAGAAUACUAGAGAAUUUAGAGGAAAGCAAUAACAUGUAAAAAAGGUAAUGCACGACUGAACUUAUUGAGGUAUUUGUCAUGCCUUUCUUUAGAUGGAAUAUGUUUUUCUUAAGAGUUACAGGGAAAGUGGAGAGAACAUUUAGGUGGAUUUCACUUGGAGAAUCAUACCAAUUAGCAAGAAUGAUAUGAGAAUUUCAACUUAGUAGAUCAAAUGCUCUCUGAAGGCUGUUUGUAUGCACACUUGGAACUUGGAAGAUCAGUGUCAUCUCUCAUAGAACUCACAGAAAUGGUUCCCAGCAAUGUUACUCUUCAACCAUCA